AUGCAAAAUGAACUAGAAACGAACUUAAUGAUUUAUAUAGAUCCCGCUCAAGCACGUGACCAGCAAUCAUUAGAAAAUGCUGUGAAUGAAAUCGAAACAAUUAUUGAUGAAGAAGGAAGAUUCUUAGAUUUACUUGGAAAUUUUGAAAAUUUCCAAUUUGAACAAACAAAAUCGUUCACCUUUGAUCUACUAAGAACUAUUAUCCACCUUAGAUGGAACGAAAUAGAACAAAAUUUCGAUAACGUUUAUUACUUUCUAUUUGUGCUUACAACACAACCUCAAAUUUAUCAAAAACUUACAGUCGCAGAAAAAUUAGCUGAAACGCAAGCAUUUUUCAUGGCAAGAGCUUUUCCAACUUUAAUUCAAGAUUUACUUCAACCAUUUAACGAUUUACAGAAAAAUAUUCGUCCCAUUAUACAAUAUCGCUUUAUUAAAAUGUUUUCAUACAAUAUAGCUUAUCCAAAACCUCCCGUAAUUUUUCAUGAAAAAUUAUAUGUAGAUUAUAUAAAACCAUUCUUCGAAAUUUUAUUCUCAUUUACAUCUGGUGUCAAUACAGCACUCGAAGCGUUAUCAUACCUCGUGAAAUGGGCUUCAAUUUACAAUUGGUACGAUGAAGAGCGAUAUUUUCAAAUAUUAAUGGAAUGUUUCAAUAAAAAUGGUCUUAGAUCUCUUGUUGCCGAUGUAAUUUCUUCUCUUCUUUGUUCUGUUGAUGGAAUUACAGAUAGAUUUAAUUUAGUCGACGAAAUACAAAAGGAAUUAGAAAGAUACGAAGCAGAACAAGAAGCCAAAGAAAAAGAUCCUCAUAUCAUCUUCGCAAAACUCGCAGCGAGUGCAGGAAGUUCAAUAAUUUCAGAUCCACAAUGUGAACCUUAUUUUGUAUUGGCAUUAUCAUUCCUUCGAUCUUCAAAGAAUGAAUCUCACGCUAGAGAGAUCAGCAACUUCGUUCUUGACUUCAUUUCAGAUUUUGUCGAAAAUUUCCCCGAUCACGCGCCAUCUGUAAUUGAAACGGUUUGUUUGAGACUCGGAAACCGUUUUGGAUCUGAAAAAUUUACAAUUGAUGAUAAUCUCAACAGAUAUUGCUCGCUAGCGUUUACUUGCUUGAAAUCAUCGCAAGUUGCAGCUUCAAAUACAACACCAGAAGGUGCAGAACCAGAAAAUUCGUCUUUAAAGACCUUAUUUUCAAUAUUAGAAUUAGAUAUCUCAGAAAACACGAAUUUAGUAUCUGCAGCCUUACUUGUUAUAUACCAAUGCUCUCAAAUGGGCUUUGCAUUCAAUGGUUUGACUGAAAUAAUCCCACAAUUAUUAGAAAAAACAGGAGAACUUGAUCCUUCGUUCAUGGCCUUCCAUUUCUCUGUAUAUAGGAUCAUAUUUAUUUGCAGCGAAGAAGAAUUAGGCAGUGAAUUUAUAAAUGAAGUUUUUAAUCGUUUGGCAGUCAUCAUUUCGACAACUUUGAGUGAAAGCGAAGAAGAUGAUAUUGAUAUGCGUAAGAGAUUUGUCACUGUUUUGUUGGAUUUUGUUAAGAAAUUUGCAAAAUCAAUUAAUAUUCAGACUUUAUACGAAACAGUUACAACUUUGCCAACAAAUAUUCCAAAUGUUUCUUCAAUUUAUUCGUAUAUGUUCGAUUUACUUGAUGUUGAUGCACAAAAUCAAUUAUUAAAUUAUUUGGUUGAAGAAAUGACCAAAAACGAAUGUUUCCAGAAUUUGUUCAACUUCUUAUCCAAAAUACUCUGUCCAAAUGAUGAAUCUUUCAAGCAAGAGUUAUCAUCUUUUAUUAUUCAAGCCAUAAACGACCAUUCUGGCGAUAAAGACCUACUUCCAUCGAUAAUUCAGUCAAUCUCAUGCCUCAGUAUCGAUGGAUUCCAGAUUUUGGUGAGUUUAGUUGAAAAUUACCAAGAAAACGCUUUGAUUAUUUCAUCAAUCCUUUAUUCCUUCAAUGUCAUAAGGAAAACAUUGCCAAAAUAUGCUAAAAUAGCUUCAAAACCAGAGCUAAACGGAUUAUUAGAUAAUGAACAAUUUAUUGAGUUCAACAACACAUUGUUCAAUGAAUAUUUCAACAUUUUGGAUAAAUACUGGUCCGCACCACAGUCACAAAGCAUGAAAUCUGUGAUUUUGGGGAUGAUUAUCAACGGAACAAAUUUAUUCAAGACAACUAUCAGACAAUUUAUAUCUGAUGAUGCUAAAACAGACUUAUUACAGAUGGAAGCAGAUGUUUUGUCCCAUUAUUACGAUAAUCCACACAUAUUUACAACAAUUGUCCAAUUUGCGAGGGAAUCAUGUGAAUCUUUCCCAAUAGAUGUGCUUAAAUACUUCAUUAGACCAUCAAUGAACUUCCUUUACUCGCAAAAUUUCACAAUUAAUUCUCCGAAAUGGGAUAAUGUCGUCAAAAACGUCAUUUUAUUGCACAUGGCAUUGUAUAAUAAGCUUCCUGAUGAUUUCUUGCCAUUAUUCCGCGAAGCUUCACUUGAUGCUUACAAAGCUCCAGAAGAAGCAGUAGAAAGCUACAUCCAGCAGCUUGUGAAGCUUAAAGCUAGUCCAACAGACAAAGACUCCCUUGAAGAGGCAAGAUUGUUCUUCGCAGACUUAGCUGUUGGUUUUUAA